CCUCCCUUCCUCGAGUAAAGGGAGGAGGCUGGGAACAGGUGUUACACCUAUCAGCUCUGUUUCCAAAGGGAUGCAAAACAGUCCAGGGUGAAGCUUGCACUCCAAACCUCUCCUCAGAUCUCUCGCUCUCAGUCCUCUGGAGUUUAGCAGUCAUGGCCAACGCCGCUCUGGAGAUCGUGGGAAUGUGCGUGACACUUCUAGGGCUCAUUGGAGUGGCGGCCAGCACCGGAAUGCCAAUGUGGAGGGUGACGGCUUUUAUCGGCGAGAACAUCAUUGUGAUGGAGACUCGAUACGAGGGAUUGUGGAUGAACUGCUACCGGCAAGCAAACAUUCGUAUGCAGUGUAAAGUGUACGAUUCUUUGCUGGCACUGUCUCCUGAUCUCCAGGCCGCUAGGGGACUCAUGUGCUGCUCUGUAGCUUUGACCGGUCUGGGUUUACUGAUUGUGAUCGCAGGGAUGAGAUGCACGGCGUGCAUCCAGGACAACGACCGAGCCAAGCGGAUGAUUCUAAUCAUAUCCGGUUGCAUGAUUCUCGUGGGUUGCUUCUGCUGCAUCAUUCCCGUCUCAUGGACCGCCCACGCUAUCAUUCAAGAUUUCUACAACCCGCUACUCAUCGACGCCCAGCGUAGGGAACUAGGUGAAGCGCUCUACAUCGGUUGGGUGUCGUCUGCAUUGCUGUUUGUCGGUGGUUGCAUAUUUGUCUGCUGUAACGGCCCCCUAGACAAAGGCCCGGACCCAAACAGAUACAUGUAUGCAAGGAACGCCCCUUAUGUGUCCUAUCAGCCUCAACCUGUGGCCUAUGUUCCCCAACCGAGAUCUGUUUAUAGCCAUACAUCUGACCCACCAUCAUUUAUUCAGACUUCUUACCAACCGUCCAGACAGCAGUCAUUUAUCCAGCCAUCGCGGCAACAGUCCUUCAUACAACCACACCGACAUCCGUCUGCCCGCAGCGCUGUCGCUUAUCUCUGAAAUACAGCAGGACAUUUCAAAGGUGUGCGUAUUUGCAUUUGUGUACUGUAUGCGUGUGUGCAUGUUAGAGAGGAAGUGAAAUAGUAAAUGGACUUGAUGAAAAUGUGUCGACAUUUUUAUUUUUCAUUAGUUGCACACUUCCAUUUCAUGUUUAUUGUUAAUUUUUUGGCAAAACAAUAUAAAUAUUGUUAGCAAUAUCGUUUUUUUAAGGAUGUAAAUAUAAGCACGCUGAGAACUGAUUGAUGAAAAUUAGGUUUUUAUUGUUUUUUUGGUUUUGUUGUUGUUUUAUAUGCUUUAAUUGUGAAGUACAGAUGAAAUACCUCAUGUCAUUGUUACUUGGGGUAUUUUGUAUUAUUUGAAGCUGACUAAAAUAUAAACUAGACUACUAAAAUGUUUUAAUAUUUGACUAUCUGUUUUGUAAACAUCAAAAGCCCAAAAUAGUGAUAUGAAUCUAUAAGUACUCUCAGGUUGGGAUAUUUGGUUUUUAAAUGGAAGUUUGAAAACACAGAAGUAGCAGCAAUAAAACAUUGGGUAGCACUUUACAAUAGUGUUCAUAAUACCUAAUGCAUUAACUUAUUGAGCCGUAUUGUAGUGUAAGUAAACAAUUCAUGUGCAUGGAGUAUCAAAUGGAAAAUUUGUUUGUAUUGUUCAUUUUUGCUCAAAAAUUAUUCUCUGAAGGAAUAUUUUUAUAUGUAUAAUUCAGUGCGUUGGUGAUCUUUAUACCCUGCGGCUUCACAUAAAUGGAAAGCCGCUGUGAAAUGUAAGACAGCUAUUGUCUUGAGUGUAGCCACACCCAGAGGCACACAAGAGCUUGUUAUGUUAGUCGUAGUGCCACGACAGAACCAGGAAACUUCCAAUUCUGCUGGAGAAAAACAAAUACAAAAAUUACCACACACAGAUAUGAAAACUGGACAAGCAGCUUUGCUGAAGUGGGAACUGUAUACUUUCAGACAUAGUGACUGUGGACUUUGCUAUAAAAGUAUUUUUGUAUCAGAUACGACAUCUCAAAAAUUGUAUAUAUAUAUAUUAAAUGAGCAAUUAUUAAUUGAAAAAUAAAGUGAAA